AUGCCCCCCCCCACACACACAGACUUUUUCUCCUUCCUCGACUCGCCCAUCACAGAGCGUUCGAUUGCCAAAGGAAAGGCAGCCCUGCUCGCGCAUGCAUACACGAACACGCGCAAGCUCGAAAACAGACUCACACCCUUGACUGCGCUCUCCAUAUCCACGAAAGAGGACGCUGCGGCUGCCGUCGUCAACCCCAUGGAGGCGUCGUGCUACAUCUACACAUAUCGUAUCUUCGUGAGCGGCCGUGUGCAGGGUGUUUUCUACCGCAAGUACACGGCGCUCAAGGCCACGGAGCUGGGCGUGACAGGCUUUGUGCGCAACUUACCAGACGGCCGGGUCGAGAUCUUGGCCGAGGGGACCAAGGAGCAAAUCAGCGCACUGGAGACGUGGUGCUACAGAGGGUCGCCAAAGUCGCAGGUGACGGCCGUGGACGUGGAGAAUUGCACGGAGGUGGUGCCCCCGAGCGGCGGUGCAGAAGCGAUGGCGAAGCCGCCGGUGCACCGCACGAUGAACGGCUUCGUGGUGAGCCGCUAG